CAGGCAGCACCAGCUCACACACUGUCGAUUUCUCACUGACACACAGUCACUCACCAGUCACCACACUCUUUUCUUCCCUUUUUCUUCAUUUGGUAAAGUGAAAUAAACACUCUCUAAAGAAAUUAUCUCUAUCUCAUCAUAGGUGAAGGAAUAAGUAGCUGAAAAUGAUGUGGUGGAGUUAAACAGGAUGGAAGAUACAUUUGUCGUGUUGGACUGGAAGGGCCUGAGCUUCUGUUUCUGUAUUUGAAUAGUUAUAACCUUUGUCUACUUAUAAUUGAUUUCUCUGCGCAUCUUAAUCAGCCUCGUACUAGCGCUUCUUGCCCGUUUACUGGAAUCCAACAGCUCUGUGAAAUAGGUGAACUCAUUUUCUGCCUUAACUUGUCUUGAAAUAAUUGAUGUGGUAGUUGUAUAUGCUUUGACCUGUUUUAGAGUACAAGACAGAGUAACUACACAACCUUUUUCUUUCUUUUCAUUUCUCUCUCUUAAAAUAGAUCUUCUUAGUAAAUGGUUUUGGGAGGAAAUGGUUGCCCUUUUUGAGAUCAUGGCUGACAAUACUUUGUCAUAAUUUAGUUUGUUUUGCUUUGAGCUGCUCAAUUAGCCUGGAAAAGAAGUUGGAUUAGGAAAGACAAUAAGAUCUUGCAAGUGUGAAAGAGAGUAACAGUUUUGAGAUCCGAGUCCUAAUUACUUUUUUGCAUUCGAUGAGUCUGGAAAUUUGGUAAAGUCAAUCUCGUAAGCAUUCUUUCAGAAGAUGGAGUGGAAUGUGAAGUGGGACUGGGGAAAUCUGGUAAUGUUUGGUUCAAAGGCAUCUGAAAGUCCAAAAGAAUUACAAUUAACAGAUUGGGGAGUUGAAGAAGAUGCUGGAUCUUUCAAUUUGUCUAGUGGUACUGGUGGUUAUGGUUCUUCGAUCAAAAGCUCAAUAUCAGCUUCUACUGACUCUUCACCAAAGGAGGGCUUCAAGCCAUCCAACUUUGCUUUUGAUGCUUCUCAUGAGGAUCUUAUUAAGAAAUUGGAACCUUCCAAAGCUAAUUCACCACCCAUGGAGGCUUCAGUAGUCUCUGUUGAGCCAGUGAUAGGUCUAAAACUUGGUAAGCGGACAUGUGAGGCCAUUGGUGCUAAGGUUUCGUCCUUCCCCCCGAACCCCACCUCAUCUGCUGCUGCAACAAAGAAAGCAAAAUCAUCAAGUCAGAAUGCACCAAUCCCUCGCUGUCAGGUUGAAGGCUGCAAUCUUGAUCUUUCUUCAGCUAAAGAAUAUUAUCGGAAGCAUAGAGUUUGUGACACUCAUUCCAAAUCCCCAAAGGUUAUUAUAGCAGGUGUAGCACGACGCUUUUGUCAACAGUGUAGCAGGUUCCAUAGCGUGUCUGAAUUUGAUGAAAAGAAGCGAAGCUGUCGCAGGAGGCUCUCUGAUCACAAUGCUCGGCGCCGCAAACCUCAGCAAGAAACUAUCCAGUUCAACUCAGCAAGGCUUUCUUCCUUGUUUUAUGAUGGCAGGCAACCUAUGAAUCUUACGCUCAACCACGCCCAAAAUAUUUACUCCAGAACAGCUGCAAACUCUACCUGGGAGAGCACUAAAGACUCUAAGUUCAGUAUAACAAGAGGGUUUACUCCAAAGCCUGAAAGAACUGGCAGCACAAAUGGGCAUUCACUAUUGGAGGGGAUCCAGUUUUCACAGAGUAAUGCAUCUAACUUGCUCUUGCCCUCCAAGGGCACCACAGCCGAGGUUUUCAAUCGAGGUGCCAAGGAAUCCAUGUUCAAUAUGGUAACAGGACCGGAAUUUCCUCGUGCUCUCUCUCUUCUGUCAACUAAUUCAUGGGGUUCAUCCGAGCCUGAGACUGUUUCACUCAACCACCACCCAACACAUGCAAAUCAGACCAGCAUGCCCCAGCAGAUGAUGCAUGCAAUUCCACAGGGUGUGCCACAUAUGUCCAGUCAAUACUGGCAGCCUGGACAACAUUCGUUGCCUGCUAAUACUCACAGUGGCGGUAGCUUUCAGGAAAUGGAAUUCCUCAAAGCUCCAUUCGACAGUGAUUUUUAUCUCAACGCAUUGAACUGAAAUUUUCAGGAUUUGGUGCGCUUUCCAUUUUGCCUUUUGACACGCCAAAACUUGAAUCAAGCCGAAGUUCUGUUAGUAGGAUACUUCAAGCAGUUUGUUUGCCACUUUAAAAUAGUGCUGGUAUAUAAAUAUAUAGGUUGGGCUUUUAAACUCCAAAAAAGAAAAUCUUAUUCUGAAUUAUUCAGUAAAUUUUCUUUUGCUUAAUUUAGACAGCAGCAAGGACUCUGAAGAAUUGUAGUUUCUUGAUUCUGCAACUUGGCACAUAACUGCACAGGUCCGACUUAUGAAUGACUCUUUAUCCUUUUUGAUCA